AACUCGGUUAAAAUCAAAAUCAUUUCUGGCCUCUGUCUGCAAAUGUUAUUGUUUUGAUUUAAUAAAGGGAUUCUUAUAAUUAGCAAAUUGUCUUAAAAUAGAGCAAUAGAAUGUCUAAUUUUAUAAUAUUUUUUAGGCAGUAGACACGCGAGAAAAUGUCUGGGUCAGUAAGCACAUUAGAAAGAAUAAAGAGGUCUAAUGAAGUGCAGACCAGCUUCUUGCUUUCAAAUAAAGCAGAAGGUACUGAAAGCUCCGUUGGUGAUAAUGAAUCAUGGGAUUCUGUCUACAAGCCAACUACUGUUGCAAUGAAGUAUGAAAGUAAUCCAGGCUUUGGCAGAUAUGUCCAUUCACUUAAACAUCUGUUGCCUGUUCGCAUCAAGACAGGACCUGGGAGCUAUAUGCCUGUUGACAUGACUGGAUGUUUUGCCUUUACUUUUUUUUCUUGGCUUACUCCAUUGGUAUGGCGAACAUUUCGUAAAGGCUUGGCUCUUAAUGACUUGUAUCAUUGUUCACCUUUUGAUAGUUGUCAAGUGAAUGGUGCUAGAUUUUCAACAAUUUGGAAUCGAGAAAUAAAAGAGCGCGGGUUACAAAAAGCUUCUCUUUAUCAUGCACUCUUUUGCUUCAUGAGGACACGUUACCUUAUAUGUUGUUUCAUAUACCUUCUUUGCGUUGCAUGUGGCUUCAUUGGUCCAGUUAUCUUUAUGAAGCUUCUUCUGGAAUAUAUACAGACUCCAGGUGAAGAAGAAAUAAUGGGCAUUACUUGGAUGCUUGGCCUUUUGUUAUGUGAAAUUGUCAGAAUUAUGUGUUAUGCAUUAAUGUAUGCAAUCAAUAUACGAACUGCCAUACGAGCUUCGUCUGCUGUGAAAGCAUUGCUUUAUAAGAAGAUAACUAGUGUACGCUGCAUAUCCAAUGUUUCAACUGGGCAGUUAAUCAACUUGUUUUCAAAUGACUGUCGAAAAGUAUUUAUGUUUGUGAACAGCAUCCCUUUGGUUAUUGGUGGUCCAUUUGUUAUCGUUGGAGCACUAAUUUAUUCCUGGUAUCUUCUGGGACCAUUUUCCUUCAUAGGUGUUGCUGUGUUCUGUAUUAUGUAUUUUUUGCAGUUUGGACUGUCUUAUGUUUCUGCUAAGUACAGAAAGAAGACUGCAAAAAUUACAGAUGAAAGAGUAUCUCUUAUGUCUGAAUUCUUAACAAAUGUAAAGCAAAUCAAGUUGUAUUCAUGGGAAAAAUUUCUAAUGAAAAAUAUUCAAGAUGAAAGAUUGAAAGAAAAAAAUCUUAUCCAAAAAUUCCAGUACAUACAUUCAAUUUCUUCAUGUACCGCAUCAUUAACAUCUACAAUUGCUACAAUUUUAACACUUCUAUGUUACACACUUUCUGGCUUUGAUUUAACUCCUGCCGAGGCAUUUACACUUGUUAUCAUCAAUUCUAUUGCUGGCCAUGGAAUUCGUACUUUACCAAUGUGUGUAAAAGACAUUGUAAAUGGGACUGUUGCAAUAUCAAGACUGCAGAUUUUGUUACGACUUGAAGAGAAAGAAAAUUAUACUGUUGUUCCCAAUCGGUUAGAUAUCUGUGUUAACAUGUCUAAAGCAACUUUAGAUUGGGAUCCAGUUGUUCCUUUUGCACUGAAUCAAUGUUCAAAAUCUGCAAAUGAGGAAAUUCAUACCUCAAUUUUAGAAAGUGAAAAAAGUAUUCCUGAUGAAAUUGGCCCAAAUACUGCAUUAGUGAAUACUUUACAAUCAGAAACUGGUCUACCUCCAGCAUUAACUGAUGUAACUUUUACUUUACAGAGGGGAAACCUUGUUGGAAUUUGUGGUACAUUUGGAAGUGGAAAAUCAUCCCUUUUUGCUGCUCUUUUAGGUCAGAUGAGAUUAUUGAAAGGUCAAGUUGCAGUCAGAGGAUCUGUUGCAUAUGUCCCACAACAACCAUGGAUCCUAAAUGCAACCUUACGAGAGAAUGUCCUGUUUGGCAAUCUGUUUAGCUCAAAGAGGUAUUAUGAAUCUGUUUAUUGCUGUGGAUUACCAGAUGAUAUUGCUGCACUACCUGGUGGUGAUCAAACUGAAUUAGGUGAACGUGGUGUCACUCUCAGUGGUGGUCAAAAGCAAAGAAUUUGUCUAGCAAGGGCACAAUAUGCUGACAAAGAUUUAUAUCUUUUAGAUGAUCCUUUAUCUGCAGUUGACACUCAAGUAGGACUCCAUAUUUUUCAACAUUGCAUUAAAGGUGCCCUGAAGGAAAAAAGCGUUUUACUAAUUACACAUGAAUUAAAAUAUCUUUCUGAGUGUGAUUCUGUUUUGUUUAUGAAAGAUGGUACAAUUGUUGACCAAGGUACUCAUACUGAUCUUAUAAACAAAGAUUCAGAAUAUGCUGCUUUUAUUCAGUUACAUGUUAAGGACAAUGGUUCAAAAGAGGAUAUCAUGAAUGUGUACAAAUUGUCAGCAGAUGAGCCUCCUGAAGCUAUUAAACGCAGAAGUCCAAGUUUAUCUACGACUUUAAGCUCUAAGUCAGAAUUUGAUGAACCUGAAGUAAAUGAUGGACAUUUGACAGAAGAUGAAAAGGUUUUAUCUGGUACCAUUUCCUGCCACACAUACAUGGGAUAUAUUUAUGCUGCGGGCGGCCUCAUAAUUUGCUGCUUAGUUUUAAUAUGGUUCUUAAUUCAUGCUGCUUCUGCUGCAUUUAGUAAAUACUGGCUGAGUCAUUGGCUUUCUCGAGGAGAUGGGAAUAGAACUUUUCGUUCAACUAUUGAUGAUGAUGAUGUGCACCAAAUCUCAAGUAAUUUUUUGCCAAGUAUUUCUCAGAAUCCUGACUUAGAGUUUUAUCAGCUGGUUUAUGGCCUUUCAGUUGUUGCUAUUCUGAUUUUUAGCCUCAUUCUUGGAUAUUUGUUUACUAAGAUGUCUAUGCGAGCUUCAAAAACUUUACAUGAUAAACUGCUUCAAAAAGUGUUUCACAGCCCAAUGCAUUUUUUCGAUACUACUCCUGUUGGUCGCAUUUUAAAUAUGUUUACACAUGAUAUUGAUGAAGUUGAUACUACCUUGCCUUCGCUGAUGACUUCCUAUUUACAUCGAGCCUGUGCUGUGAUAUUUGCUUUGCUUCUUGUUGUAGUUGUAUAUCAUUGGUUUGUUAUUCCUUUACUAUUAUUGGGUGUCCUCUUCAUUUUUCUGCAAAAACUGUUCAGAUUAACUAUGCAAGAUUUAAAACGAUUUGAAAACGUUACAAGGUCACCAAUAUUUAGUCAUGUGGCAGCUACCGUUCAAGGUUUGCCUGUUAUACGAGCUUUUCAGAAACAAGAAGAUUUUUUUGACAGGUUCACUUAUCUAGUUGAUCAACACACUUCACCACAAUAUUUAUAUUAUUGCUCAAUGCGAUGGCUUGGAACCCGAAUGGAUGUUUUAGGACUCUUCAUUACAUUAAUAGCUACAUUAUUCGUGAUAUUUUUACGAGAUCAAGUCAAUCCUGCUUUUGCCGCACUUGCUCUUGUUCUAGUUUUACAGUUAAGUAGCAUGUAUCAACUAGUCAUCAGACUUGGUUGUGAUGUAGAGACCAGAUUUACUUCUGUUGAGAGAAUACAGUGCUAUUCAGAGGAGCUUGAAGUUGAAGCACCUGCCAUAAUUGAGAAAACAAGUCCAUCCCCAGCCUGGCCAACAAGAGGAAAAAUCAGUUUUAUUGAUGUCAAAAUGCGUUAUAGACCGAGUUUACCUCUCGCUCUGAAAGGAUUGACUUUUGAAAUUGAGCAUCAAGAAAAAAUUGGAAUUGUUGGACGAACAGGAUCAGGAAAAUCUUCACUUGGUGCUGCACUCUUUAGACUGGUUGAAUUAUCAUCUGGUAGUAUCAUAAUAGAUGGAGUUAAUAUUAAAGACCUUGGUCUCGAAGAUCUCAGAUCCAGGAUGUCUGUAAUUCCUCAGGAUCCAGUUUUACUUCGUGGAACAAUCAGAUAUAACCUUGACCCCCAAAAUGAAUUUGAAGAAGAAAUUCUUUGGAAAGUUCUUGCUGAAGCAGACAUGAAAACAAAAAUAUCUUCAUUAGAAGGGGGACUUGAUGCUCCUGUUGUUGAAAAUGGAAAUAAUUUUUCUGUUGGGGAGAAGCAAUUGCUCUGUAUGGCCAGAGCAUUGUUAUAUGAAAGCAAAAUUAUUUUAUUGGAUGAAGCAACUGCUAGUGUUGAUGGUGAAACUGAUAGAUUCAUACAAAAUGCCAUUCAUCAAGUAUUUCAAAAUUCUACGGUGCUCAUAAUUGCUCAUCGCUUGUCAACUGUGGCACGUUGUGAUCGAGUUAUGGUGUUGUCUGAAGGGAAAAUAAUUGAAUUUGAUCAACCAACACUUUUGUUAUCAAAUCCAAAUAGUCUUUUCUCAAACCUUAUGUCAACUCGCUCAACAUCCAUUCGCAUGUAAGUCUGCAUUUUUCUUUUAGAAGGCAAGAUUGCUUUUAUACAGAAAUGUUUAACUACACUCACAUGUUCCUGUUAGAAGCACUAUUUUUGUAAGAAUGAAGUAUGUACUCAAAUUCUGACAUUGUGAAAGUGAAUUUUUAAACUGUCAUGUGCAUUUUUUAGUUAAAUUUAUGCUAAGACUUAGAGGAGACUGGCCAAUAAAAUGUUAUUAGGUUUAUUAGACUUUUAUUUUAUUUUCAUGACAUGAUAUCAGUAAAAUGAAGACUGAAACGACAGCCACUUUUUUCAUUAUUUGCCAAAAACUAAUACCUAAAGAAAUUCCUAUUUCGUAAAUGUGUUUCCAUUUGUACUAGAAAUAAUGAUGUGUAAAACAUGAAUAAAAUGAGUAACCAAGUUGAUAACAAGUCACGAAAUAUGUGCUGCAAAUAGCUAUUUCAGAUUUUUGUUUUACUUUUGUUUCUUAUUCAUUAAUAUUUUCAUUUAUAAUCAUCAUUUUUAUAACAUUAUUUUAAAAAUGCAUCAUGAGUUUUUAAAAUAACUCUUUAAAUUAUGUAUUAUUACAUGAAAAAAAAAUGCUCAAAAGCAAUUUCAGCCAAAUUUAUUCUAAAAUUUUUAUGUGAUUGGAUAUAAUUGUGGCCUUUGUGUUAAUCGCCUGUGAUUUAAUUUUGAGCUCAGCAUGUGAAACUUGCUUUCCUUUGUGUGAAUGUUUGUUUCCUUAUUAUUAUUGCUUUAAAUAUUUCAUAAUUUUGAAUAUUUUGUUGAAUAUUUAAAUUUUUAGUUUAUAAAAAGAAAAUUGCAUUAUUUUGUUGAUAUGAAUCUUAUUAAUAUAGAAUACUUUUAACUCAAGUUAAAUUUGUGAAUAAUAUCAUGACAUAAGUUCAUCAUUCUUUCAUAUUUAAGUGUGAGUGUUAUGACAAUGAUUUUUUUUUUUUGCAAAUAAUUCAUAAAUUUAUGUCUGUUGCUUCAUUAAGUUUUUGAAUGACUAACUGCAUUUCCAAUGUGUUAGCAGUAUUUGAGAUUUCAAUUGUAAAUGAAUAAACAUGAUUGCUUAAUUGCAAUCAGCAUUUUUAUUUGCUUCAUAUAUGUAUAUAAGGUGUGAAUUUGUAAAUUUUCCAGUCCUGGAACAUCAAUGAGAAAUAGCUAAAUUCUGAGUCAUAACCAAUUUUCUGUACAUGGGGAAUUCGGUUUUCCUGGUUUUCCAGAACAGCAGUACUGGAAUGGUGUUCUGGUAUGUUUUGGCUUCAAAUCACGUCUCAUACAGUCGAACUUGCUUACGCUGUGUGUGAAGAGAUCACAAUGUGGACUCGUUAUAACUGAAUGUCUGUAAAAAAAGGGGCUUGUGAAUCAAAUUGUAAAAAUUCAUACAUGCAGUACAACCUCAUUUAUCUGGACUAACUGACCAAAAACAAUCCAGAUAGUUUAAAAUCCAUAUAGCAUGGGUAAUAAGCAAAGCAAAUCCUUGCUUAUCAUUCAUUACAAAAAAAAAAACAUAAUUUUCAAGUAAAUUUUUCGUAGAAAAGACAUAAAAAAUACCAAAUUUUUUUUUAAAAAAAGCACUGUGAAUAUAACACUUUGUCAUUUAUUAUAGUUUAGCUGCAGUGGUGUUUGUUAGAUUUUAAUUUACUAUGUAGGGGACUAUCUAUGUAGGGGCUGUACAUACUGUCGGCCCCGCUCAAUCGAAUAUCGUCGGUUUCAAGAAGUAUUAUUCCAUAAAGUGGGGAAAUUUUCUUUACCUUUCUUAAUUGACAACAUUUGUCUUAAAAUGUAAUAAUUAUAAAUCAAUAGCUUUAGGAAAUACCUAAUGAUAUUUGUAAAAAGUUUUAGAAAUAAGCUAAGUAAACAACAAAGCAGUUAACUAAUUUAUUCAUAUAUUAUGGCACGUAUGAAGAUUAUAAAAAAGUAACUUUCAGCUUGAGUUAUGAAAUGUUUGUCUUAGCACCUUAUUUCAGUACAAUGUUUUUUGAAAAAAAAUUC